AGUGACAGUCGCUUUCCAGCCCGCGUUGGAUGAGCAUCUCUUCAACCGCGCUGUGUGAAUGAGAAACUACCGUUUUAAAUCUUUCGUGCACGCGGGCCAGAACCGCUUAGUUAUCAGCCAUGAAGUGGUUCAGAAGGUGGUUCCUCGGAAGGUUCGGGAAGUCGAGAAAUGAGAAGACUGAAUCAGGCUCCAGCAAGCUCUGGUUCAAAUCUAUUGGAUCGUGGGAACACUUUACGUCUUUCAAAGAAGACGUUGAAAUGGCGGAAGAUGCCAUGGAAGUGUUAGAAGUAUUAUUGCCGGUUAAACGUAGUGAAGUCUUUGCGUUAACCACCAUCAAGAACUUUAGGACGGACAGUUUAAAGGAUUUCGUGUUGGAAAGUGACUGGGUUAUCUUAUCUCGAGAUCAACUGAUGGAGCCGAAACUCCAAAGACACCUGCAAAAGCCUAAUUCCUUGACUAGUUUGUGUAGAUCUUUGGCCGAAAGGUCAGUCUUUAAGAAAAAGGCAGAAGUGAUUGCGAAGCCACCCUUUUGUCACUGCAAUGAACUAAUGAGUUCAUGUGACAGUGAGAAGCCGUUACGAUUGAAUGUAUUUCGAAGGAUGAUCAACAGUUUCAAGAGGUUUUUUAGUCUCCUGUAUUCUAAUGUAAAACGUACAUUAUUUAAAGAUGAGACAGUUGUCGAAAUUCAGUUCAUCAACGAGGAUAAUUCGCUCGAAACAUUUUCUUCGUCCAGCAUGUACUUAUCGGCUGGCAGAGUGCGUGCCUUGCGCGGCGGUCGUCAAACACGCGGCGCGGGCGCAGCGCUGCGUGCGUACGCGCUACAUCUUGCACAGGACAAAAGCACUACUUUUGCUCAGAACAUCGACAACUUUAUCGCUUGCACCCUCGAUUCUAAGGACACAAGUCCGCAGGUAAUGAUGAGAAACAUGAGGCAGUUUAUGUCAGGCAUGAAGAACUACCUGGUCAAACAUGGCGAAAGGGAGUUCGAGAAAGAAGUCGAGAAGGAACGGCUCAAGCUAAAACCAACAGAGUUCCUGAACUUGGAUGCUAUAUUAGAAGGUGUGAUGCAUCGAUUGGUGGUACGUCCGUUGCGCGCGCGCCUCUACACGCUCCUGGCGGCUUGGCACUCGGCUGAUGUACGUCGUCUACACGCCGCCAUUGAACGAGCACAACAUGCCACACCUUUACAGCUAGGAAUUAAGGAAUCUACAAAAGUACCAUCAACAGCAGUAUUAGCAGUGAUCUCGAAGCAUUUCCUCAAGAUGCAGGAGGCUGACUCUCCCCUGGAUAAGUUAGAGAAUCUCCUGGCAGCUAUAUCAGUUAUGUUCAAUGCUAUUCGAGGUGAACGCAGUGUAGGAGCAGAUGAUCUGCUGCCAGUUUUGGCGUGGACUAUUGCCAGGAGCCGGCUGGUCUGUGCUGAACUGGAAGCGGAGUUGAUGGCUGGAUUGCUACCAGCUGCUUUAUUAGCCGGAGAAGGUGGCUACUAUUUGACGGCUCUGUUUUCUGCCGUGGCUGUCUUGAAGAGACUUGCUCCUGAACCACAGCCAGAUAGCACUACACCUCAGUGGCGUCGUGGUUCAGUCGACAACAACAGAGACCAGCAUUCAGUAGCAGUGGUGCGAGUUGUGUUACCGGACGAGUGUCGUGGGUCUAUUCGGCGCGUUCCAGUGCCGUGCCGGCCCGGCGCACGCGCAAGAGACUUAUGUCGAGCGCUUGCGCAUGCCGCCGCCAUCACCAAUCCACAAGAUUACGCUUUGUUUGCAUUACAUGAUGGACAUGAGACUAUGCUAAACGAGAAUGACUGCCCACAAGAAGUGAUGUCGGAAAAGACGGGACAGAACUUCACGCUGGCCUACAGAAGGAUCGACGCUAAGAUCGCCUGGCCACAGCAGGCAUUACACUCUUACCCUUAGACUGCUUCCUACAAUAAUAACUAGUAAUAUGAAGCGACAGAAAUAUCUUAGCAAUA